AUGGCACUGGUGCCACCGUCCAUUGCUUCACUCCGAAUUGUUCUUGCCAGCGAUUCCAAACAACGUUUGACACUCCUUAAACAAAUCAGAUGGGUUCAAUUUUUGAGACGUUUGGAAACUAAUCUGCUUCAGGGGAUAGAACCUAUUGUACGAGUAUCAAAUUACGAUGAAAACCUAAGUAAAGACCUACCUGUCAAUGAAUAUGUAUGUGAGACAGCACGUAUCAAGGCAGAGACAAUUGCGAAACUUAUGGAUAUCAAAGAUUACGAUGUUAUUAUUGGUUGUGACACGGUAAUCGUAUUUGAAAACGAUAUUAUCGGUAAGCCAGUUGAUGAAAGAGAUGCUCGAGUUACUCUUCAGAGACUAAAUGGAAAUUUGCAUGAAGUUUACACUGGCGCAGCAAUCAUCGACAGCAGUCAGCAGUGUGAACAAUUCGUGGAACGAACAGCUGUCAAAUUCUGCCUGAUUCCGGAAACUGUUAUCAAAGAAUAUGUUGCUUCUGGCGAGCCAUUUGGUCGAGCUGGUUCCUAUGGUAUUCAAGCCUGUGGAGGAAUGUUUGUCGAAAAGAUUGAUGGUUGUUAUUAUAAUGUUGUUGGAUUACCAAUAAACCGAUUGAUGAAAGUUCUCUGGAAAAGGGUUGGUUUAAAAUGA